AUGCCCUGUACCACCCUGGGCGUAAAACCACCGAAGCGAUGGAGGCGGUGGCAUGGGAAAUGGCUGCGCAUGUCCCCCACUAACGCCGGCCCUGGCUGCGAGCGAUUAGAGGCGGGUGUAUCGCAACUCGGUGAGCCGACGCGGAAGGCGCCAGCAUCUGACGUGUGCACGGCGGGCGUCCUAGACCUGCUCAGGGCAGCUGGGCCUACUCGAGGCUCCCCGUACGCAUCGAUGUCCAUGUCUCGCAUCGUACGGCAGCGUGCACCGUCUGCUCGUCCCUCCCCCUCUCGUUCCCACUCUCGCAUGAGAGGUAGAGGGGACAGCAACUCACACAAGGGUACUGUUCAGAGACCUGAAGAUCGCGCUCUCUACCAGAUUGAAGUGGACAACAUUUACAAUUGCCCCACACAAGUCGCCCAUCCUUCUGGCCACCAGAAGUCUAGGGACCCUGACAUAAUUGAUCGCAAGGUCGAGGAGAACAAGGAUGCAGUCGAGCAACAUCAACUAACCUAUCCAGCUGUGGUCCACAAGGCCUUCGGUAACUUGGUCUCAGCUCCCGGUUUUCCGUACAUUCGCGACAUCGAUUGGCUAGUCAAGGACUUUACGAAGGAGGAUUGGGAGCAGCUGCAGCUAACGAUCAAGGAGGAGCAUCCGCAGUUGAUCUUUGUCAAGUACUAUUAUGAUCAAGAGGCGUGCACUCUCAACAUGAGCUCGCCGUUCUUUCUUCACGAGGACAUGAUACACGCGUUUGUUAAUUUGGUCAGGAGGAAAGUGGGCAUCUACGUGCCGCCCCAGUUCCUGCACCAAAUCUUUACUGCGGUCUUGCAACUGGCGCCCCAUCACCCUGUUCCUGGGGAGACCGAACAGGUCACAGUUCCGGACUCCGUCGUCAGCCUGGUGAUGACGGCUGGAACGUACCCGAUGGGCCUACUGGAGGUGUCGAAGUCUCAGGAUUUCCGGAAAGCUUUGCGUAAGCUCUACCACGCCGGGCGACAGCACAUCCUGAACACUAAAGAGAUACAAAUGUCAUUCCUGUUCUGCAUCAAUGCUGAGGAAUACCCGCCCUAUCACUCCCCCGACAAAGGCUUGAACGUGCGGGAAAGUGACCUGGCCUACGACGACCAGCAAUACGCGCAGCAGCUCUUGGACCACGGUGGGGUCAUACCCGGCAUAGGGCCUUGGAGCGCGGGAGGCCACAUGUUCUGCGGGGCGAUAGACAUGCACCUGUUCAACGUGGACCCACAGAGCACCAGGCAGAUGCGUACAUUGAAAAAAGGCAUCAAUAAUCAGUGGCCCCUUGAGAUGUGGGUUGAGCAGGGUAUAGCCAUCCCUGUCAAGCGCGACUACAACACCGCCCAGCUCAAACAUCAACACGCCAAGUUCCUUGAGGGCCUUCGCCAGGCCCUCGACAACCAGGUUUGCGCUAUGGCGGAGGUGAUGCAGCUCAAGCAGUCCAAAGACUUGUGGUGGCCGGCCGUACACAAGGCGUCAGACGAAGAUCAAGAUUACUUCAGAAAAGUCUACUGGCCCACUUUGACGAACAAGCCUAUUACGCUCGAGGAUGUCGAGAGCUUCAUCGACGAAUUGAUUACGGGCGCAGUAAACGCCAGAUCCCUGCCCUACGCACCUCAUGGUGACCGCAAAGGGUCUGAACAUGGGGGCAGCCUUGGACGAAAGCCUAACCCGCCUUCAGAAUCGGCCCGUGUCCUACAGCGGGCGUACCUCGCGGUGACGGGGGCUCGACCGCACGCAUGGCUGACGAUGACGAGGACCGCGGUAAAGGGAGCUCGACUAUGUAUAUGGAUGUGUCUGAUGAGGAGCAGGGAGACUAGGGAGGGACACCUCACUCUCAGCUCUUCGCCAGAUUGCGAAGGAAACACUCGUCGAGUCUCCGUGAGGUACGUUAAUUACACAACGGGUGGUCGAGCAAUAAUCAUUUCGUUUAAAUCUACCUAUUGCUACAUCCACAAACGUCUGGUCGCCUACGCAUGGCGCAGUAGUGAUCUGGAGAGGCCGCAACGAGUACAAAUUCGCGCGGACGAAAAGGUAAGGAUUAAUCCAUACAUUGCACCCCAAGUUUUAGCGCCCACCGCACUGCGUGCGACCGCCACCGCCACCACCUCCUCGUUGUCCUCGACCACUCCCGCUCUCUGGGCAGCCACCGCACGCACCCGUCUGGCAAACCAGACGCACGCGCCGUCCCAACGCGAAGGCAAACUUGCAUCCGCGACUGGCUGGCUGACCUGCCGCCGGUUCAGUCAACGGCAACCAACGACCUGGCACCUCGCGGUACCAGAUCACUACUUCCUUCCUCCCCGGCUCCUCACCUCUCCCCUCUCGUCUCGUGACUUGACUUGGGUGGCCUCUCUCUUGGGUCCAGCGCCAAGCAGCAAGACUGAGCGGACCACGGAGAACGCAGAGCGAGGAGGGCGUAAGGAGGAUAGGGAUUAUGAGCAGACAGAAAGGGAGAAGGAAGGGUUCGACAACGAGAGCAAGCCGGAGCACCUGGCAGGCUCGAUGAUUAUAGGUUGGAUACUUGAGGCACACAAGUUACUUUGUGGUGAAGGAACUGAAGAGAGAGCUAUGCUACUGUCCAUUCCCACGCAUGACUUGCUCUAUGCGGUACGCCCUUACAGGAUGUACCUCCUUCGCCGCCGCCUAUCCCUGUGCCCGCGCCAACACGCGUAUCGACGAACACGAAGGUCGUCGUGCGCCCUGUUGGCUACACAUCACACGCACGGGCCCUGGUACAACCUCCAGGUUGUACCGGGCAGAAUGCACGGCGACACCGUGGACGCGCAGAUCUGCGCGUUCGACGUGCCCUACGCUUCCAUGAAUGCGCCCAGAGCUGCAGCGACAAAUGGAACCUUUGUUGUGCACACUGGGGCCCACGAAGAUCGCGUGGCUGCGAUCCGGCAUGGCCUAAUGGUCGUACCUUCAGCUCUGCAAGAGGGCACGCCUGUGCUACGGGACGACCUCGCGGCCGUACCUUUCACUCUGCAAGGCGGCACGACGGACCCGCAGCGAUGCAUGUCCAACGUGCCCGGCUCAACUUUGACUGCCUGUUUCGCGGUGUUCCCUGACCUCUCGUCGAGCAGUUGCAGCGCGCGAUCAACUAUGUUUCAAAAUAAACUGCACGUCUUCACGGAAGUUCAGGCCCUCGGCCGCUCCAACGCAGCUGAACCCCAUUUGGCUCGGCUGGCCGAGGAGUGGGAGGACCCCGACGACCUCACUCGCGACUCAAUGUCUGGCAGGCAUACAAUACGUCCAACCGCAAUUCAAGGCGGCCCGCACAUCCUCACGGAAGUGCGAGCAUCCGGUACAAUCGAACCCCGCCUGGGUCAGCUAGCAGGAACGUGGAACAACCUCGAUCCACCCUCGGAUGGCCAGCACUCAUGUGCGGCCGCAGUCCAGGAUGACUUGCAACCCCUAACAACCACCACCUUCCUUGCAAUCCCGGCGACGCCGCGAGCUCGCCAUCCGACGCUGGCGCAGUCCCACCAAACGCGCAAGCUCGAAAUCGCAGCCGCAGUGCAGCAGCCGGUGCCUACGGAUCCCGACCGGCGAGAACGGCCUCCCGACCGUCAACCUGGCGAGAACUUCACAGUUCUCGCUGAUGGUUCGUUCCUAGGGACUCCCAUUCAACUCAAUAUCGACCUCUCAGCGGCCCCCAACAUCAGUGGCGACUACGACAAGCACAUCGAGAGAAGGAGGAGAGGGAUAGGGACAGAGGAGAGGGAUGAGAGUGCAGAGGCAGGAGGGGUAGACGAGGAACGUCUGGCAGAAGGAGGGGAAGGGGAAGGGUGCGGUAUAGGCAAGGAAGACGAGCAUACGUGCUCGAAAGAUGAAGGUGCGUCCCUGCUGGACGUGCCUCCCCCGCCUCUAACCCCACCAUCUCCUACACAGCCACCACCACUCGUGACGACCACGACAACCAACACGGUUGCCGUGGCGGUCACCAUGCACGUCGGUGGUACUGACGGCCCACGGGGCGACCUACAUGUCGCGACCGGCACGGUCACGCAAUGCGGUACGAUCGGCGAGCUCGCUCGGUCAACCAACGUACUCACCGUCAUUGUGGCUCACGCACAGAUAUCGGCCUUUUCGCGCGACAUCUAUGAUAGACUGAGGAGCUUGGCGGUGAAUUGGACUGCGAGUAGCCCACGGUCCUCGCCCCGCCGUCACCACCCCCCGUUCCUGUACCAAAUCUUCGUUCUCGCGGGUUCAGAGCCGUUUGGUGGCUUCCGGCUGCAGCUGGAAGAACGGAAAGCCCAGCCGACACGAGGGCAGGGAUCGACGGACGCAGCGUAUGGCGAGCGGGGCUUUGAGCAACCACCGCUUGCUUCAUGCCACCGCCAGUAUAUCGCGCGAAGACGUACUGGUUACGGAUCUCACAGAGACACGGACAUCAAGCCGUGGGCUCGACAUACGGGCCUCACGUCAGACAUCGAGACAGGUACCACCAGUACCGCGUGCAUCGAGCAAUCGACUCGACGUGCAGGAUACUGGUGA